GCAGGAGCUACUUCCCUGGUCACUCUGCUGUUGGCAGUGCCCAUCACUGUCCUGGCUGUGCUGGCCUUGGUGCCCCAGGAUCAGGGACGACCGCUCAGCUGGUGGCUCUCGCUAGAGGGCAUGUCUGGUCUGUCUCUGCCUGCUCUCCAUGCGGUCCUACCCUGAUGUUGCAAGUCUCUUCCUGAUACCCAGCGCCUGUCUUGCUGCCCAAGAACAUAUGUUUUGUUUGCUCUGCCUUCCAGCAAGAUGCAUGCCUGGCAGGGUGCUGGAGGUUGAGGAGAUCGCCGGCUCAGGAGCACAGGCUCAAAAAAGACGGGAUGACAGCAAACCAUCUUGCCUCUUGCCCUCACCUUCAAGCCUCUCGGGGACUCCUGACCCCCGUCUGCGUCCCGAGAUACCCUCUUCUUCCAGGAAUCCAGGCUCUCCAUCCCAAGCGCCUGUUGCACAGUUCCCUCAGGAGGCAUCAGCAUGGGGAACCACCCUGUCUCCAGUCGUGGAUCCAGGGGUUCAACGGCUGCCAAAGCGGGAGCCAGAAACUGAUCUCAGUCCCAAGCUUCCUGCUGCCCAUCUCAUUGGCGCUAGGAUGAGCGGGCAAGGGCUCGGCUGGGAGGCGAGCCAAGAAGAAGCGUUUCUGAGGAGCGGGGCGCAGUUCUCCCGCACCGACGGGCUGGCGCUGCCGCAGGACGGCAUCUAUUACCUCUACUGCCACGUCGGGUACCGGGGCAGGGCGACCCCUGCCGACCGAGGCGGCGCUCGCUCGCUCACACUGCGCAGCGCCCUGUACCGCGCGGGGGGCGCCUACGGGCGGGGCUCCCCGGAGCUGCUGCUAGAGGCAGCCGAGACCGUGACCCCCGUCGUGAAUUCCGGCGGGUACUCGUCUUUGUGGUACACGAGCGUGGGGUUCGGCGGCCUGGUGCAGCUCCGGAGCGGCGAGAGGGUGUACGUCAACAUCAGUCACCCGGACAAAGUGGACUGCAGGAGAGGGAAGACCUUCUUCGGGGCGGUGAUGGUGGGGUGACAGCCGACUGCAGCCCUGGAGGAUCGGCUGACCGUGCGAAUGUGUGAAUCACGAUGUCCUGAGAGUCGGGGAGCCUGGGACCCCAUGAUGGGGGCAGGGG